AAUCAGUAGCAGCGACGCAGUGACGUAACGGUUACCUUAGCAACCGAUUAGGCGUCACCACCACCACCGACUCUCAGCUGCAAAUUCAUGAGUGCGCUUUUCUUCUCGGAGACCGUCCCGUCCCGUCAGGAGAGGACACACACGGACACACCUCGACAAGAUAUGGAGACACGUCUAUGAAGGACAAAAAAAGCAGAUGAUUUUUUUAUCAUCUGUCUGUGGAGCUGGAAAGAAAACCGAGAAAAACAUCGCUGCCUGUCCGGGUCUGCUCUUGUUGUUGUUGUUGUUGUUGUUGUUAGCAGCUCAACAUGGCUGAGGAUGACAGUGAAUGGGUUGUAGAGAGCAUCGUCGGCUACUUGGGAAGUCCCGAAUGGGUCAUUCCUGUCACAGACUUCAUGGAAAACAAAUGCACAGUUUUUGAUGACGAGGACGAAAACAAGCUAUCCUACACAGAAAUCCAUGUGCAGUAUAAGAAGUUGGUGGAGAAGCUGUUAGAUAAUUACAUGGAGGAGGUUGGCAUCAACGAGCAGCAGUUCCUGGAUGCAUGCACCUCGCCUUUUGCCAAGUCUAAAACGCUGCAGUCAGUGUUCCAGCCUGUUCUGGCGACAGAUGACUUCCAGGUGUUUCGCUCACUGAUGGUCCAGAAGAACAUGGAGCUGCAGCUUCAAGCCCUCAGGGUCAUUAAGGAAAGGAACGGAGCCCUCCCAGAGUGUCUAACCGAUGGUGUGGACGUGAUGACCGAGUUGCAGCAGCAGGAGCUGAAAAUCCUGCAGGAGGUUCUCAAAAAGUCAAAAGAGGAGUAUGAUGAGGAGAUGUCCAGGAGGCUGCUAUCGGAGGAGGAGGUUGGUUCCACAUCCAGCAGUGGCUCGGAAAGGCCAAUGGCAGAAAGCAGGGAAGCCCAGAAUACCACCUCUGCUCCGAGCCAACAAGGCAACGCUGCCAAGAUCAAAGCUGAGGGGAAAGGUGGCAAGAGCAGCAGUAACAGUCACAACGCCCCACUAGUGAACGGAAACACUGCCACUGAACCUAAUCUGGUCAACGGCAAACCUGUCAGAAGAAACGAGGGAAAGACGGCUGCUGCAGGAGGAGAUGGGAAAAGUGCAGCUAAGAGCAGCUCUGCGUCUAAACCCGCAUCAAGUUGUGGCAGUAACGGGGAGUCCACAGUCCUUCCAGCAGUGAGAGCUCCGGUAAAGUCCGGCGAACCCUCCGUCGGCCUCAGUCCUGACACCAAGGAGAAGAGCAGCAGCAGCCAAAGUGCAGCCGAGGCGUGGCUGGAGGAGGCACACAGGGAGGCCGGCUUCUCUAAGCCAUAUACAGAGCUGUCGGCGUCUCAGCAGGAGCAGCUCCAGCAGAGGGCGGCAUAUCUCCGUCAGCAGCGAGACAAACUGCAUGCGCUGAAAAAAGAACAGCAGAAAACCAAGACGACAGCCACGCCGGAGGAGGCACCCACCACCGCGGUAACUGCCCCCCUUCACAAAGAGGUCUGUCAGGAGUCAGUGGGGCAGUCCCAGAGGAAUGGGGCCUGUACUCCCCCUGCUCCUCCUGCUCCUCAUCAUCCUCCUCCUCCCGCAGCACAACACUCUGCUAACUCCUCCAAACAGAAGGAGAUAUCUGCCGAGGAGAGGAAGAAGCUACAGAAGAGAAAACAUCUGGCCGACAAGCUGAAAGAGGAAGUGAUUAAGAAAUGACGUAACCCCUCCACACUGCAAUAUUCUCAUUUAUAUCUUAUAUCCGUUUACUGUUAAUCAAACACAUUGCUUCCUUCAGCCUGAUAAUUCACUUUACGUAACACAGAUCAGGGUCUUUCCAAAUAAAGAGUAUGAGGUCUUCCCUUCAUCAGAGUUGUUGUCUACAGAGGAAGAAGGUACAUCUUCUUUUUUUUAUAUGCUGGAUGUACCACGUAUGUGGCACAGUUGCGUAUACGUGACUCAAAACUGGAAAGCACAGGGACCGGUGUACUUUACACCGCCGUGUUCAAAGCACUCCCGUGUUGGGCGCAUGACACUAACUUUGAUAGUUUGGAGUGUCCAGGCUUUACAGAUUAUGUUACUUAAAAACUCCCACCUUCUAAUGAAAAGUGUGUUCACAGCAUGUACAUUACUUGCUGAAAAUCUUACAAUGCAGUGCUUCACUAUUGUUAGACGUGUAAAUGUUAAUUAUGCAACACUACACUGGUCAGUAAUGGUACAAAAAUCAUGAUUCCCAACAUUUUUCUGCUCACCGUAGAGGAAAUUAUUGACUAUAAUGUAGGGAAGCAGUGGUUUCGGACACAUUCCUGCACUUGUUUCUCUGUAGACAACAAAUAUGGGCAAUGUGUUGAAACACACACGCACACACUCGGCAUAACUGGCCCAGAAUUUUAUCAGUGAGUUAAGGGUUUGAUAAUGCUGGUGAAAAACUUGAUUGGGAGAGUUGAGGUGACGGUAAAUUUAGCUAGCACAAGUGUACAGUCUUGUUUUCCACUGUCCUCAGCAUUCCCAGAGCAAAGAGUCGGCUUGUACAUCAUAUCGCUGACAGCAGUGUAGCACCUCAUGUUCGUCAAGAUAAAACAUGCCGUCAUGUUUUGUUUUUUUUCCUCCCAUAAAAGGGCCAAGAGAACAGUGUGUCGCUUCCUACGAGGAAUUCAGUAUUUCAUGUAUGCUGUUUAAUAAAUCACAUUUUAUAGAAACGAAUUUGGACUCCAGACUGUGUGUGUGUAUAAAAACAUGUCAAGAACAUACUGUUCAUUCGUUGGUGUAAAAUAAUUUCGUAAAGAAAAAAAGAAAUCACGGAGAUAUCCUGAAAUCUGCACGUUACUGCUGAAGAGAGUCAAGUUCGAAAUUUUGUAGCACCCAAUUGCCAAAUCGGUAAAUUAAAACAAAGCUAGAUUCAACAAGUUCAAUGUCAGGGUCACAUUUAAUUUCAAAACUUAUCAAAUAAAUUCAUACAAAUGUUAAGAAUGGAUAGUGGUAGUAAAUGCACUUGGUACAAAUUCAUCAAGGGAGAGCAAAAACAGUCAUAUUGUUGGGUGACGCUAACAGACAGGAGGAAAGACAAUUUCGCUGCUCGUGUUCCUGCUGAACUCCUGAAAAAGCACAUUGGCGAUAAUUUGUGCUCCUGCCCUGCUGCUUGUGGUUCGGAUUUCCCUUCAUCUGCCUCCGUGUGCUUUUUGAUGAGACCAGGAGAGAAGAUACAACACGAGAAAUGUUUCAACCAGACACCGAAAUGUUCCAUUGCCUUCGGACAUUGUUAGACCUGCGUGUUGUGUAACUUGACUGAUUCAAAAAACUGCACUCCUUCGACUCUGGGGUUAAAUCAUCUUUAUAACUAAUAAAAAA